AUGCGGGAAACUUGCCUGCUCGAUUUGGCGCAAUUUUGGCUGCACAUAAUCAACACCUACCGGGAGACCUCUCCGCCCACCGUCUGCCUCUGCCUGGACGUGAUCGGCGCCUACGUCUCCUGGAUCGACAUCAACCUCAUCACCAAUGACUCCGUCAUGAGCAACCUCUUCAGCCUCUUCACCUCGGAGCUCUUCCGGGCGGCCGUCACCGACUGCUUCAACGCCAUUCUCCGCAAGGGCAUGGACCCCUUUGCGAAGACGGCCAUCAUCGAGAACUUCAUCAGCAUUGACUUCAUCAAGGCGACGCUGCGGGAGGUCUUCGUCCAGCCGACCACCACCGAGGACAGCCUGGAGUUUGUCUCCAAGUUUGCCCAGCUGAUUAACACCAUCGGCACCGAACUGAUUGAGGCCUAUCGGAAGGUGAAGGGCAAGACUGGCGGCGGAAGUUCUGGUACUUCAUCUUCAGUUUCAACUUCAGCAGUGACCAGCAAUGGCAGCGAAGUCCAGGCGCUCUCCGUCAUCUCCGCCGCCAUUGAGGGCAAGUUUUCGCUGCUCUGCCAGUGCCUGGCGCACGCAGAGCUGGCCGUCGCCCAGCGGGUGCACUCCUUUGCCCGCGACUACAUUCAGUGGAUCAAGAAGGAGAGCGAAAAAGAUGGCGGCGUUCUGGGCGAAAACAACAACAACAGCCAAGCCGGAGAGCUUCUCAAUGAGAAGACGGCCAUUCUCCUCUCGAUUAUAAUCGAAAAGAGCAAGUACCCUCUCGCGGUGAGUGAUCUUCUCCUCCUCAGCAGCAGCGACCUCAACAACGAGUCACACGGCGGCGGCAGUGAGACGACCGAGUUCUUUGAGNGCGACCUCAACAACGAGCCACAUGGCGGCAGUGAAACAACCGAGUUUUUUGAGGAGUUUCGCAAGUCCACCAAGGUCCUCUUUGACAACCUCCUGCUGCUGAACCCGGCCACCACGGUGGCCUUUGUCUGCGACAAGAUCGUCGCGCCGACGCUGCUCAACUGGAAGAGCCGCUCGCUGCCCUUUGCCGACAUUGAGGUGGCCCUCUACUACUUUUACCUGCUGGGCGAGAAUAUAAACCAGAUUGGAGGUGGUGGCGGAGGUGGUGGCGGAGGCAAUCCACUGACCGGCGGAAGCAUCGACGCAAAGCAGCUCGAGUCGCUGGUGCAGCUGCUCGUCUCCAGUUCAAUCUCCGCCUACCCGAACCCGGUGACGCAGGCCUUCUACUUUGACCUG